AUGAACAAUACGAUGGCACGAGUCCAAUGGCUCAAGAAUUCUGCAUGCAGUCGUACGCCAACAUGGCCAAAUUUCGACGCUCGUCCAAAUCUACGAACGUUACAAGGUCGUUUUGUCCGUCGUUUUCAUCUCACGAUCCUUUAUGGUCUUUGGGUACUCGGUCUCUUGUGGUUUCUUAUGAUGUGGAUCUUUUCACUCUUUUAUUUGGUGCAAUGGGUGUGGGGACGAGUUACUGGUGGCAAAGCCUUGUCAAUGCCACUAAGCGUGCAAAUCUACUUGAUCUCUAUCAUAUUACACAAGAGUUAUCACUACUUGACGAGACUGUCCCUGCACCAGUGGCCAUUCAUACGACGGUUCUUACGCCAAUUAUUCCUGCAGUAUCCGUACUUCCGGCUUAAUGUUUUGAUCUUUGAUGAGCGUGAAAAGUCAAAGCAGACAAAAAACUCGAGCGAAGCCAUGUUUGGCAACAAACUCAACAAGGAAAUUGCUAGCAAGACAAUCGAGGAGAACAACCUGGUGCCAUUCGUGAAACCAGACGAUCGCGCUCUGUUUGCUUUUCAUCCACAUGGUGUGCUGCCAAAUGGAUUCGCUUUCAAUGGCGCACACCACAUGGGUUUUGUGCAUUCACAUUGCCGCUGGCUCGUGUCUGAAAACCUUUUCUGGUUUCCCGUGAUCAAAGACCUGCUCAAUUGGAUGGACUUCAGCUGCGUUGCCAAAUCUACCUUUCAUCGCUUCAUGUCUACAGGACAGAACGUCUGCUUUCUUCCUGGUGGCUUCGAGGAGGCCACGCUUUAUGAACGAGGCAAACACCGAGUUUACAUUAAAAAGCGCUUUGGAUUCAUCAAGUUGGCGCUACAGCACGGAUACAAGGUGCACCCAGUGUACACAUUUGGCGAAGAGUACACUUACCACACGUUUCCAUACUUGCUUCAACUUCGUCUCAAAUUCAACGAGUUCAAGAUACCCGUCGUGCUCUUUUACGGCCUCCUGCGAUGCUUCUUCCUGCCAUGUUCCGACGUCGAUCUCAUCACCGUCGUUGGAGAGGGUUUGGUUAUGCCACGCAUCGAGCAACCGACUAAAGAACAUGUCCGAAAGUACCAUGCACAGUACGUGGACGCUCUUCAGAAGCUAUUUGACAAGUACAAGUGCGCGUACGCUGAUAGCGCGGUCGAUGCUUGA